UCUAGUAUCUGACAGGGGACAGGAGUUUAUUGGUAGCUUAUUUCAGGAAGUAUGUAAACUCUUAGAGACAACAACAGCGCUAACAACAGCAUACCAUCCCCAGACGAACGGCAUGGUGGAACGAACUAAUAGAACGGUGAAGGAUAUGCUUGCCAUUUUAGCAGAGAAUGACCCGGCCACUUGGGAUGAACAGUUGCCCUUUGUUCAGUUUGCACUAAACACCGCAGUGCACCAGUCAAUAAAUACUCAACCACUCUUGCUGUUUACUGGACACUCGUGUAAUUUUGCGUCAGGUCUGCUUAACAGACAUACUAUUAGUUAUGGAGAGGAUUAUCCUUCAGAAAUCCUCACCAAGAUGAAGAAUGCAUGGAGGAUAGCAGCUGAAGCAUCAAAGAAAGCAAGGACACGGUCUGCUCACAUUGCCACACUGUCGGCCAUAUCCCAUCUCUACAACUGAGGCCAGAGUAGCAUGUCACCGCUAUUGUCUGGCGGGAACCAGGUUUAGUUCCCGAGGGACAGGACGGGUCACACUACAUCACCCCCUCCAUCCCUCACCCCCCCACCCUUAUUAGUGGUACCUGCCAUGGUGGGGGCGGCUACAAGUCAAGGUCACAGCCAACACCUCAUCACUUAAUGAGGUUAUGGAACUGCCAACACUAGCUGUCAUCUGGAGGACUGAUUCAACAUAUCAGACGAGACAUUAAUGAGGUCACCUGCCUUGCUAUAAAGAACACCGGUGACCGGAAAUGAACAGCCAAGAACAACGGAGUGGAUUGGGCAACGGUUGCGGGAUUACACAAGGUCUUGCCCACUCCUGAGGUUUCUGAUGCGCCGAGCAACAAGAUGUGAAACUUGGUGGCUACGUAAGAACAGCACGUUCCCUCUAGAGUGUGCAUGAUACGCCAACGCGGAUGCACGAUUUGCAUCUUGGGCCUACAAUCAUGUGCAUGAUGGGAUAACGAAGAAAGUCGUAAAGGCCUAGUACGACGUAG